AUGAGACUCUUCAAUAUUCUGAGGUAUGCCCGCUGCGUCCCAGCUGCUCAUCCCCAAAGAAACUUGGUGGAGACUCUCCAGUGUCGGCACUUCUACCCGGAUUUUGUCCCUCGGGACCCAAAGUCAACGCCCAAAAAGUACAAAUACCCUGAAGUCUACGACCCAUAUGGGCCUCGCCCUCCCCCAUCGGAUAAAAUUGUCCAGCUGGCGGAUCGGAUGGCCUCGCUCUCCCGGGAAGAGCUCGCCCAGAUCGGGCCCACUCUCAGGGAGCGGCUGAAGCAUCCGAAGCUGCAGCCCGUCUCCACGGAGGGCGUUGACUUGGGCUCAAAGUCCGGGGCAGCAGCGCCGAAAGCUGAGGAGAGGGUGGAGAAGACGGCAUUUGAUGUGAGGCUAGAGAAAUUCGAUGCCGCGGCCAAGAUCAAGGUGAUCAAGGAGGUGAGGGCGUUCACUAGCCUUGGCCUGAAGGAGGCGAAGGAACUGGUUGAGAAGACCCCGGUUUUGUUGAAGCAAGGGGUGACCAAGGAGGAGGCCAAUGAGAUCAUAGAGAAGAUAAAGGCUGCUGGCGGAGUGGCUGUCAUGGGAUAA